AUGCUUCACUCUUCAUAUCCUCUUGGUCAAUUUUUUGAAUUGGCCGAAGGAUUGAUGAGUCUCCCUAACGGGCUAGGAGACUAUGUGAAGUGGACGCCAAUUUAUCUUGUUCCAAUUCUUGAUAAAAAUAAGAAAUUCGAAUUAAACGCAGAUUUGCAGGCGAAAAAGAAAGGUAGAAAGAUCCUCCUUAAGUACGGAAUGAAAAUAAAUUGCAAUGCCGAUUUGUUUAAGCCAAUUCCUGUUGUUUUACUUGAAUCAAAUUAUUCAUCAAUGACAGAGCUCACUGUCUUUGUUCUCCAAUGCUUAGAAUGGUCAUACGACACUAAAUAUAAAGGAACUCUUGAAGAAUUUCAGUAUUUUAUCAAAACAACUUUAUCAUUAGAGAGAAAAGUCCCUUCAAUGCAUUAUAUGCUCGAAUUUUCGAUUAAGAAAGUACUAAACUACGCAAUAAAUAGCAAAAAACCGAAGUUUUCCGAUGAAGUAAUUUGCGAUGUAAUUGAUUUCUUCGAAAAGACACAGAUUUUAACAAAGAAAACAUCGAAAAUCUUAACACAAUACGUUUUUACGUGGUCUUCGAAGAGCGAAGAUAUAUCUAAUCGCCUUAUUUCUAUGUUAAUGUUAAAUGCAUCUCAGAAGAAAAAUAAUCUAAUUAAUAGCGAUUUAUGCAAGAUAGUUCAGUGUUUUACAGGGUUUCUGAAUGAUUUGAACCCGAAAUUCAUCAUGUUUAUUGCAUAUUUAAAUCCAUACGCGCCAAUGGACAUCAUUGCGUCAAUUUACCAGUUCUUACCAAACGUCUUAUACUCAAAGAUACCUCCUCGUGACCCUCCAGCUAAAAAACGAGUAAUAAUGAAAAGUUUUAACAAUAAAGAGCGAAAAAACGAGGACUUUGUUUUUUAUGACUUACCUUUUGACUUCUCCAGUAUCGAUUCCUUCCAGUUCUCCACAGUUUUUUCGUUUAAUGACUCCGAAAUUAUGGAUUACGUUUCAAUUGUCGCUAAUGGAUUGAUUUGCUCGCAAAACGUAUACAGAGACAUAUUCUUUGCAUCAGCUCUUAAGCUCUACAAGAUCAAAAACAUUGAAAAUAUGAAUGUUUUCUCUUGUUUGUUAAUAAUUAUUUUCAAAAUUGUUUCUAUCGACUAUCCGAUACCCAACGCGUAUUCAGUUGUAGCCGAAUCAUACGCUGUCCGCUCCAAACAGAACAUAUUCCAGUUCAUUGAUCCAGAUAUUGAUUAUGCCAGAUCAAUUUUAUUCGAUUUAGUAUGUCGUAACCAUCCAGAGCUUGUCAUUGACCUGUUCAGGCGGUUUUCGCAGACUCCUUACUUAGUCGCUGAGUUCAUUUGCAGAUUGAGACACGGGGACAUAUCGAAAGUCGAUUUCAGUUUGAUGAUUGACGAUGACAAUAUAUCUAUUCUCAAGAAAUCGCUCAACCAGCUCAUGCUUAUUAAUAAUGCGGCAAAAGAUAUCGUUUUUUACUUCUUAAUCUUCCUCGCGACCGACCAUAAGUCAGCUAAUUCGUGGUUUAGUUCGAAACUGUGCGUGGGAAUGUUCAUGGAAUUGCUUUUCAACCGUUCUGCCCAGAAAGAUAUCUUAAAUUCCAUCCAGGUUUCAUUAUCCACGUUCGUUACCCUGUCCAAUCUACUCCAGUUCGCAACAGCCCUCAACACAGUCAUAGAUGCCUGCAUCGGAGCCCAAACAGAAAAUAAUGAAGAGUACAUAAACUUGGCGUUGGAGAUUUUCAACGCGUUAAAGCUGUCGAUUAUUCAUCAGCCACUGUUGUUACGCCACUUUGUCCACAUUCUGGACAAGUAUAUCACUUUAUGUGCGAUUCAUCAGAAACUUUUUGAGAUAUUAGACUUUAUAAUGGUUUUAUCUCAGUCCAGUAAUGACUUCUGUGUCUCUCCUUUCCAGCUCGAAACGUUAAUUCCAAUUCUGAAAAAACAAUAUGGAGAUGAUCCUCCAGAAUUCAUUUUCAGACAGAUAUAUAAGUGCGUUUCAUACGGAGAAUUCGAUUCUGAUUGCCUGAGAGACGUAAGGAACCACAUGAACCUUCCAUUUUUGUUGGCUUCGUUUGGAUUAUCUCCAAGGAUCACAGAUAUCAUCAAAUACUUCAUAAAAUUAACAGAGAAGAGGCCAAGUUCGAUCGACAAGCUUUCAAAUGCCGGAUUAACCCAAGUUUUGUUAAAUUUCUUCACUGGAGACGGUUCUGAGAAAGUCAUCAGCCUAGAUCUCUUCAAAUACAAGAUACUAAUCCCUCCUGAGUUAUACGAUGACUGUUUCAUGCUGAUAAAAAGGAUGAUAAUCAAGUCAUGUAAAAUGGAUUUGCUUGCCAUCCUCACUAAAGCACUUUACGGGCGCUUUUCGACAUCAGUAUUAGAAGUAGUCGAAGAUUCCAUUGCUGUCUGCAUCGGAAACUCAAAUACAAAGUUUUCAAUUGGUUAUCAACCAGUUCAACUUGUUUUGGCGCUGCCAAUCACAAACCUAGUUAAUGAUUCCUUCUCCCUAGAGUUCAAACUCAACAUAGAUACAACUUCCGCCCAUUUUGCCGAAGAUGAAUUUAAUUUAAUCAGAUUUAUCGACGAAGAAAACAGUUCCCUCAAUUUCUCCCUGUACCACGGCAUGGUCUACGCCACAAACGACAACAAAUACUCCAAGAACAUCGUAAAUGUGGCGAGAUCUCUCAACCAGAACCAAGUUGCAGAGUUUCCUCUCGUUAUAAAGGCCGAGGACAACAUCAUGAAGAUUACGAAACUCAUGGAACAGACACUUCCGAUGGUUUCCGAGAUCUAUUUCCAGCCGAUGGUCGGAAACUACUUGAAAGUCAUCGUCGGCGGCCUGAUCAAUCCAUCUAAGACAUACAUAGAGGACGACACCAGUUUCGGCACCAUUUUCGACAUCAAAAUCCACUCAGAGAAGUUCACAAACUACUACGAAAUCCAGGGAAAGAAGGCCCUCUACGAUUUCUCAAAUCCGGAGAGUAAAUAUGUCUCCUUCGCUAAAUCUACUGUUUCUCAGACCAUCCUUGACUUGAUGAUUGAAUCGUCAUACGCGGAUGUCUUCUGUUCCUUCUUCAACAAGGAGAGCGACACAGAUUUCUACAGAGUCUUCUCCAUCCUCAAAAUGAUUCUUCCUGUCGCUGCCGGUUGUCCUGAGUUCGAAACAAUAAGGAAGUUCCUCGACGAUAAAAAAGAAGAAAUGCUCACGUUCAAAACAUUCAGAAUUUUGACUGACAUCCACUUCAACCUGCCACAUAACGAGAUCAAAGAGAACUUCUUCAGAAUACUCGUGGGAAAUAUAGAUCUUUGGUACAAGAGCGUAGAUUUCAACAGAAUACUAGAUUACAUAAUUAGAUAUUUAUCAAAAGUGACACCUUUCGAUGUAAAAUAUUCGUUAGAAAAAUAUUUGUCACUUUUCUCAGAAAACAAGAACUUAGAGAUCAAAGAGAAAUUUAUUCUAUAUGUCUAUUCUGUUCUGCACUACAUAGACUCCAAAAGUACUCAGUAUCUGCUUGACAAAGUCUUUGACGAUGAAAUAGAAGAUGAAAUGAAAUUGCAGUUGUUAGAUUUUACAAUUAAAAGUGACAUUGUUUUAGAUGAAAACGAAAAGUACCUGACAAUGAAGAAGAUCGUCAAAAAGUUGUCUAACAAGAUAGAGGAGACAGUGAAGUUCAUCCACUUGUUGAUCAAAAUAUCAGGAGAGAAAAGCUACAUCUACAUGUUCACUUGCGCAAAGAAAAUCGAAAAUUUGGGGAUUUCAAAACUUAUUUUCGAUAAAAUUUACGAGAAUUUCACUGAAUUCCCUCAAAUCACUUACCUGCUCGCAAUUCUAUCCCUCAAACUCUCUCCAUCAGAGAAAGAAGCAUCUCUAACUGCUCUGCUUUGGAUGGCAAUGAAUUGUGGGUUUACAAUAACCGAUGAUCAGUGGGCCAUUGUUCCUAUAAUUGUUUAUUCCCAAAUUCCUCACAUGGCUGAUACUUUUUCACACUUCCUGUUUCUCAUGUCAACGAAGCCGAACUCAAAGAAGCAGAACUCGCCUGUCCAGACAUUUCUGACUUUGAAAUUGUUUAGUUUGACGAUCACUUCACUCGACAAAGUGGUCACAAAGUUUGUUGAAUACUGCAUCGACCAGUACUACAAAGAUAUACCGAAUAUGUUGAAUUUCCUGCUGUUUUCAAGCGUUUUUAUCUGGCCAAACGUGCAGCCAAUGAAUGCGAGAUUGAGAGAAGAUUUUGCUAUGUCACCUUUUGCAGAAAAUUUGACACCAGAAUUAAAUCUUCCACAGUUUAGCCCAAUAGAGACUGUUGAAGGCAUUUUGAACUUUUUGUCUUCAAUAAACAUGCCGGACAUAAACAUCAGAUUCAAAGUCAGGUUCGAGGAUGAUUUCUCAUGGAAGGACAGAGAUGUUUUGUCUAUUUUCGAGAAAAUUUUGAAGCAGCCACAAGUUAAUAAUGACGUAUCUCCGCAGUUGAAGUUCAUCUUGGAGAAAUACUGCAACGGACAAGUUGUUGAAGAAGAAAAGAACACUCCUGAAAUGCAGGUGUCUGUGAUUUAUGUUAUUGAGAACGCAUUGACAACUUUCAAGAGUUUGUUCACUGAAUUCGCUCCAGCAACUUUUAGAACAUUUGGAGAAACUCUUUUCUUCUCUGAAUCUUUAUAA